AUGACGUCUUCGCGCGCCGCCGCUCUCCUCUCCCCCCGCUCCCCCCGCUCCCUGCUCUCCCUCCUCCUCGCCCUCUCUUGCCUCAACUCUGCGUCGUGUCGGCUCCUCGUCCCCGCCUCUCCCGCGCCGUCAGCCUCGCCCUUCUCUGUAUCUGCUGCGUCGGGGCUUUCACCCCCUCUGGGCUUCGUGUCGGUCGCGGCGCCACGCGGCGGCUCCUCUGCUGCGCAGCCCGUCUACGCGCACUGCGUGGAUCCGCUCCAGCGGUGCGGAGCCCGACCGCGCGCGCCGGCCUCGGCCGCGGCGCCGAGCUCGUUCGCCCCUCUCACCUUCGCGGCGUCUCCUCUCAAGGGGAGAGACGCAGAGCCGCCCACCACCGGCUGCUGGGCCUACAAGCUCACUUUCGGCGGGAAUGAGGCGGGUGAGAAGGAGGGCAGAGUCGCCCUCGUCACGGGCGCAAGCCGAGGCAUAGGCAAAGCCAUUGCUGAAACCCUCGCUGAAGCGGGAGUCUCCCAUCUACUGUGCGUCGCGCGUCAACAAGCCGCAUGCGACGAAGCCGCGGCAGAACUUCAGAAGCGAGGUUUCUCGGCGAGUGGGCACGCAGUGGACGUCGCGGACGGCCAGGCAGUCGGCGCCUUGUGCGAAGAUCUGCUCAAGCAGUUCCCCCACAUUGACAUUCUCGUGAACAACGCAGGCAUCACGCGGGACAACCUCUUCAUUCGCAUGGGUGAGCAAGAGUGGAACGACGUCAUCAACACCAACUUGAACUCGGCCUUCUACUUCUCGUCGCAUCUCAUCAAACGCAUGGUGAAGAACAGAUUCGGGCGAAUUAUCAACAUUGCUUCGGUUAUCGGCGUCGGAGGCAACCCUGGGCAGGCGAACUACGCAGCUUCGAAGGCGGGUUUGAUUGGCCUGACGCGCACGCUGGGGAAGGAGUACGCGAACCGCGGAAUCACCGUGAACGCCAUCGCGCCGGGCUUCAUCCGCUCUGCCAUGACAGACAAGAUGCCUGAAGACGCAAAGAAGCAAGCUAUGGAGAGGAUCCCAGCCGGCCGCCUCGGCGAACCCAAGGACGUGGCGGCCCUCGCGGCCUUCCUCGCCUCAGACCAGGCAGGCUACAUCACCGCCAAGGUCAUCCCGGUUGACGGGGGCAUGCUCUUCGGCGGCAACUGA